AUGAAUCGCCUCUUCGGCACCAAAGCCCAGGCGCCAAAAGCCACACUCAACGAUGCCAUAGGAAACCUGGACACCCGCGUCGAAUCCAUCGACGUAAAACUCGCCAAAACCAACGCCGAACUCGCCGGCUACCAGCAAAAGCUCUCCAAAAUGCGUGACGGCCCCGGCAAGAACGCCAUCAAGCAGAAAGCCCUCAAAGUCCUGCAACGCAAGAAACAAUAUGAAGCCCAAAAGGACCAACUGUAUCAACAGUCUUGGAACAUGGAGCAAGCCUCGAUGAUGCAAGACAACCUCAAGAACGUUAUGACAACGGUCGAUGCGAUGAAGACGACGAACAAGGCGCUGAAACAGCAGUAUGGGAAGAUCGACAUAGACAAGAUCGAGAAGAUGCAGGAUGAGAUGGCGGAUUUGAUGGAAAUUGGGAAUGAGAUCAAUGAAAGUAUAAGUCGGGCGUAUGAUGUGCCCGAGGAUGUGGAUGAGGCGGAGCUUGAUGCAGAGUUGGAGGCGUUGGGGGAGGAUAUGGCGUUUGAGAGCGAGAUGGGGGUUGGUGAAGGGGCAGUGCCUAGUUUCUUGCAGGAUGAAGUGCCGCCGACGUUUAUUGAUGAGCCGCCGGUGGAGGGGAAGGUGAAGGAGGCGGCGGGUGGUGUCGGCUAG